GAGCUCAGUUGUUAAUAAAAGAAAAAAAGUAAUUUAUUUAUUUAUUUAAAUUUAAAAACUCAAGGAUUUCAACUUAAACAAAAUGAAAUUAUUCAUUUUAACACUUGGCUGUUUGUGGGCCGUUACACAGGCUGCUUAUGUCUACGAAAAACCCAGAGAUCAAUUGGAGACAUUGAGUGAAAAUUUUGAGCAAUUUGUUAAUAAUUAUGGAGCAGAGGCCAGUGAAAUCGCUGAUCUAAAUGAUGAAUCGAAAGGCAAGAAGGGAGCGACUAGUAAACAGUGCAGUAACAAAUGCUUCUGCGGUACACCAAAUGUCAAUCGCAUUGUUGGUGGCACACAGGUGCGCCAAAAUAAAUAUCCCUGGACGGCACAGUUGGUCAAGGGUCGCUAUUAUCCACGACUCUUCUGUGGUGGUACUUUGAUUAAUGAUCGUUACGUGUUGACUGCCGCACAUUGUGUGCACAAUAAUCGUGAUCAGAUAACAAUACGUUUAUUACAAUUGGACAGAUCAUCCACUGAUCCUGGUAUUACAAGAAAGGUCUCUAGAGUUAUCAUGCAUCCCCAAUAUAAUCCUAAUACUAUUACCAAUGAUGUCGCAUUAUUAAGAUUGGAAUCACCCAUACAAUUUACCGACAAAAUCCGUCCAGUCUGUUUGCCCAAUAAGAAUCACAACUUUGAUAACAAGGAUGCUAUUGUAGCCGGCUGGGGUUUGAUUAAGGAGGGUGGUGUUACUUCCAACUACUUGCAAGAGGUUACUGUACCCAUCAUUACCAACCAGCAAUGUCGCAAUACCAGAUAUAAGAACAAAAUUCAUGAUGUCAUGCUGUGCGCUGGUUUGGUUAAGCAGGGCGGUAAGGAUGCCUGUCAAGGAGACAGUGGUGGUCCUUUGAUUGUCAAUGAGGGUCGUUUUAAGUUGGCUGGUGUCGUUUCUUUCGGUUUCGGUUGUGCCCAACCUAAUGCUCCUGGUGUCUAUGCUCGUGUUAGUAAGUUCUUGGACUGGAUCUAUAGAAACUCUCGUGAUGGUUGCUACUGCAGCGGUUAAUUUUCAGUUUCCCAAAACAUUUUGCCAUUUGACUAUUUCAAUUCUACAUAAAUUCACUGAAAUCUAUUUAUUUUUCCCAUUUGCUCUGAAAUAAAUCAAUUUUAUUGAA